UCCGUCCACAAUGGUCCUGAGUCAGAGUGAUGCGGCCAAGAGCCUGACCGCUGCCGCAGCCAAGGGAAAAUCGGACGAGGUCAGGAGGAUGCUAGGGCCGGAAUGCAGAGUGCACCCCGACACUGUCAAUCAAUUUGGCAAGACCGCUCUACAGGUGAUGAUGAUGGGCAACUCCAACGUGGCCAGCUUACUGUUGGAGCACGGAGCCGACCCAAACAUCACAGACCGGCGAGGAGUCUCACCGGCACAUGAUGCGGCACGCACUGGCUUCGUGGACACACUCCGGGCUCUGGUGGAGUUCGGCGCGUCAGUCAACAGCCCAGACCACACCGGCACCCUACCCAUCCACAUCGCUGUCCGAGAGGGCUACCGGGACGUCAUUGAGUUCCUUGCACCACUCUCCAACCUGAAACACCCCAACGCCAGUGGAGAGACAGCGGUGGACCUCGCCCGAGCCUCAUCGUCAUGUAACCGGACGUGGUGGAGCUUCUAGAGAGACAGCUGGAGUCUAAAGUGUUCUCUCACUCCCCACCUCUCCCUCUUUAGGAGUUAGAUGGACUCUACCACCAACCCCCCUUCAUCUAUGCCAAAUUGGAUGGUGCAUAGACUCCCCUUCUACACCUACCUUACCUACACUCUCCUCUCAAAACCUGGUGACUUGAAAUUCAUUGAUGUAAACUUUACUUUGUAAAGUAUGAUUUUUAGUAACUGGUCGAGGUUGACUUGUGUUUACCGUCCUGUUUUGGCAGCUUAUGGAAGAAUAAGUAUUGUGGACAUUAUUUGGACACCAUUUUUGCACAGAGCAAAGCACCUUUUGAUGGUAAAUUUGACCUCUUCCCCCCCCUUUGAUUCAGGAGUGCACACUUGUACAUGGCUUUAUUAUUGAGUGUUUGUGAUGACUUAUAUUGCAUUAUUAUUCCUCACUGUGAAGGAAAUUGAACUGUUUGUGAUUUUUUUUCAAACUUUGAUAUUUUGACUUGACAUGGUGUACCCCAUGAUGACUGCAUCGCAUGGUAGUUGUGUUUAUCUUUGAAAACUUGUCUUUUAUUAGGCAUAUUUAGAAUUUUUGGGAAUUUUACAUGUAUUUAUUUAUUGAAAAUAUUCUUAUGAACUUUUGUAAAUAGCUACAUUUAUUGUCGGUUUUGUUUUUUUGAGAUGUUAUUUAUAUACAAAUACUAUUGAAAAUGAAGUAUUCAUUCCUUCUUGGAAGACUGAAGCACAAAAUAAAGUGUUUAACUUGA